AUGACCGUCACAUACGAGUCGCCCGCCCGGGGCGCUCAGGCCUCAAUGGCCACUCUCGAAGACCGCUUCGAGGUGAUCAAGGAGGUUGGUGAUGGCAGUUUCGGUAGCGUGGCCGUCGCACGUGUGCGCACUGCAGGCGCUCAUAUCGCGCGGAGAGGCACGAUGGUCGCGAUCAAAACAAUGAAGAAGACAUUCGACUCGCUGUCGCCAUGCCUCGAACUCCGAGAAGUCAUCUUCUUGCGCACAUUACCCGUGCACGCUCACCUGGUGCCUGCCCUCGAUAUCUUCCUCGACCCGCUUUCGCGCAAACUGCACAUCUGCAUGGAGUACAUGGACGGCAACCUGUACCAGUUGAUGAAGGCCCGCGACCACAAGUACUUCGAAGGCAAGCAUGUCAAGAGCAUCCUGUACCAGAUCCUGUCGGGAUUGGACCACAUCCACGCACACCACUUCUUUCACCGUGACAUCAAGCCCGAAAAUAUCCUCGUGUCCACUUCCGCUCCAAACGACUCGGCUUUUAGCCGCUACUCCAACCUUGUUACUCCUCCUUCCACUCCUCCGACCUACUCUGUGAAGAUUGCCGACUUCGGUCUUGCUCGCGAAACUCACUCCAGACAGCCCUACACCACCUACGUGUCGACACGCUGGUACCGAGCACCUGAAGUUCUUCUGCGCGCUGGGGAGUACUCGGCUCCAGUGGAUAUGUGGGCCAUUGGUGCCAUGGCGGUCGAGAUCGCUACCCUCAAACCUCUUUUCCCUGGCGGCAACGAGGUAGACCAGGUCUGGCGCAUCUGUGAGAUCAUGGGCAGCCCCGGGAAUUGGUAUAGCAAGUCCGGCGCGAAGGUUGGUGGCGGUGAAUGGCGUGAGGGUUCGCGCCUGGCCAACAAGCUCGGCUUUACGUUCCCCAAGAUGGCCCCUCAUCCCAUGGAGAGCGUGCUCCAAGCGCCUCAGUGGCCGACCGCCCUCAGCGAAUUCGUUACGUGGUGUCUCAUGUGGGACCCAAAGGUACGGCCAACUUCUACCCAGGCAUUGAACCACGAGUACUUUGCCGAUGCUGUCGACCCGCUGCGCCCCAAGUCGUCUACUUCCUCGCGGUUGCUGGGCCGGAAGCAGUCCGACAAGGUCUUGAAGUCCCCGGCGCGGGACCCCUGCGAUUCUCCCACGCUCUCGUCGAAGCCGUCGUGGUUCCGGAGAUCCUUGAUUGGCCGCUCGGAUAGCCCUGCACCGACCAUCGAGAACGACAGUCCGUCUCGGCCGCCUGCAGUGUCGUACAAUACCGUGCCUGACCUGCAACCCGUAAAGGCCCGGCCACCAAACAACAAGCGAGCCACGUGGACCAACGGUGCCCCGAUGCCCAUCCUGCCUUCUAUCCGGCCGGUGUCUCCUCUGUCCAACGCCGUCACGGCGCAGGCCACCCACUCGACGGUGGCUCAGACCAAGGCAUCAAAAUCGACAGAACAAGAUGUCGGCAAGAGCAAAAAGAUUGGUCGUCAACUGUCGGUCAACUCCAAUGGCAACCAUUAUGCAGAUAUCCACCGCCAGGAGGCCGAGAGGAUGCUGAUCGGCUCGGGCAACGCCUCGAACACCAAGGAAAGCUUCUUUUCCCAUCUGCGCAAGCGCGCGCGCCGGUUAUCAGGUCGCAAUCAGGUCACCGCUGUUCCUGACGACGUCGAAGCCAAUGCAGGCUGUAUCCCGUGGUCGAACCGCUCAUCCAUGGCAUUGGACGGAGCCAACCCCGGUGACGCCAAGUCAUCCGACCUCAGCGAGCUGGAUAAGGCUCUUCAGAGCGUGAAGUACUCUCUGGACUCGUCCUCUCUCGGCAAUGUCCCAGUGCAAUUGAACUCUGGCGUGGAGGGCACCCCCAUCAAGCGCCAAUCAAUGCCUCAGACUACCAGCGCUACGGGCGGCCCGAUCUCAAGCCGGACCCGCCGGGCUCUGCAGAUGUCGACGCACCCGGUUCACCGCUAUGAGACCCCCGAAGAAGAAGAUGAGCUUCUUGACGAGGUGCUGCACUCGGCCAGCAAGGCAGCCAGGCGUCUGGCACAGACCCAGUCCCUAGCCGUCGACCCGACCACUGCGCACCAGUAUGAAAAGAACCGUCCACUCCCAAGCCCAUACCCUACUCCUUCGCCGACGGCCAAGGAUAGCUCGCCCUCGUUCGACACCAACACGUCUACACCGUCCAAGUCUACCAGCAAGAUGGACUCGAUAUCAAGCCGCCAAUGGCCCACUCCUCCCUAUGAGGAGACGGAGUGGACCAAAAAGGCUCCCACUUCGCACUAUUUCACUCCGGAAUCCAACUUCAUCUAA